GAAAGAGGUUCCAGAAGGAGUGUUUUCUCCCUUUUUAUGCAAAAAAGUAUCAUGGGAAAUUGUAAAAGGGCUGUAGUACUCACAAAGUCAGAAGUCAGUUUAUUUAUGUAAACAAUAUUUUGAAUCGUCCAUAAGAUAUGCAAGAAAGAAUUAAUCCUUCUCCCGAUCAGGACCUCAUAGAAGUUCUUUAAAUAGAAGGGUUCUGUGAUACAAGCAGGAUUGAAUCUGCAUUUCUCUCAACCAGUCACCAUGAUGUUACUUGUGGUCGUCGCUUCCAUCGUAGCUGUGUCCCAGGCGCAAGUGUUUGGAGGUCUCGGGUGUCCAACCACCACAACCAAGGACAAUUUCAACCUCACCAGGUAUCUCGGAACGUGGUAUGAAAUUUACAAAUUCAAAGCCAACUUCGAAAACAACCAGAAGUGCAUCCAGGCUAACUACCAGCUGAAACCUGACGGUCACAUUCGUGUGAACAACACUGGAGUUUCCAUUAGCGAUGGAACCCCAAGCACAGCCAUUGGUGACAUUUAUAUUCCAGACCCAACUCUUGGAUCAAAACUUAAAGUUAAAUUCGCAUCCGCCGCCCCCUAUGGAAAUUACUGGGUUUUAGAUACGGAUUACGACGGUUACACACUUAUCUAUUCCUGCACUAGCAUCCUUGGGAUAAGCCAUUUUGAAUUUGGUUGGAUUUUGGCCCGAACGAGGACACUCCCAGACACGACUAUCCAAAAACUAUUCGGAAUCAUGGAAGGAUUUCAUAUAAAUACACAUCAUUUUUUAAAGACGGAUCAAAAUGGUUGCUAAAGAGGGCAAAAUCGUAAAUGUUAAAUUUUCAUUAACAUGUAUAUUAGGCUUUGUCAUUAGCACUGCAUGACAUACAAAACUGUUUGUCCUUGUCAAUUUGAUGUUAUGUAUGUUGGUGUAGUGCACUUUGUUUUAUUUGUUAACUGUUAUUUUGUAUUUUUUAUAUUUUAAUUAAAAUAUUGAAUACCAUAA